UGUACAUAAAAAAAAUGCAUGACAACGGUAAAUGGCAAACCAUGCGUACCCUGGAACGCAGUGGAAUGAAACCAAGAAACAGUUGGAAUGCCAGCAGCGAUCUUUAAAUGCGAAAAAAGUGGAGGCAUUUCCCGGAGACGACGAAAACCUAUCGAUGAAGAAAAUGUUGCUGAACAUUGAGGAAAAUGCAUCGUUUUCUUAGCAUACAGCAAAAUAUUAAAUUACGCAACUAUCAUCAGUUACUUUUGUAUUUUGGGGCAUUACCAACACUGGCUGCCACUGCUGCUGGAGGAGGAGGACGAAGGAAGAAGGGUACGACGAAGAGAACGGGCAGAGGAAGGAUCUGCAGAAGCAGAAGGAUAGCAGAAGGCGAAAGAAGAGCUGGAAGGAAACAGAAGCAGCAGCAGCAGCAGCAGCAUCUAAAGAGCAGCUACAUAACGUAACAAUAAACGUAACGCAACGUAACGUUACGUGAAGAGACAGAGAGAGAGAGACAGAAAGAAAGAGGGAGAGAAGAGUAUAAAUAAUAAUUAUUCUUAGCCCAAAAUAUACAUUAUUAAACCCAACGCUGCCACUGUUCCUAAGACAACAAAAAAAAAAAAAAACCAACCACAAAAGAAAAGAGAAACAUAGCCCGUAGUCCUUAAACGUAACCCAUAAACGUAACAUAACGACACACACACACUCGACACCAGAAUCCUAUCCGAAUCUUAGGCCAAUAUUUCCAUCAUCAUCAAGAAUCAGUACUACCAUCGGCUUAAACCAGCGAUCAUCGAUAAUCGAUCCUCCCUUGCCACAAAACAACCGACGGCUGUGGCAGACAAGGGAGGCGACGCAAACGAGGAAUAUGGCAACACCGCAGGUCAAGGACUUGGUGUUGCGCUCGCCCUCUGGCUCCCCGGAAACGAUUGCCUACGCCUGGCCCCUGCAAAUAGGCCAUGGACAGGAUAAGCACGACAAUGGGAUCGAUAUCAUUGAUACGAUUAAGUUCGUUUGCGAUGAUCUGCCAUCGAUACAAUCGGCCUUCGAGGAGAUCAAUCUCAAUCAAAUUGACACUGCCUGCUAUAAGACUAUGACAAAUCUUGUCGAUCGCUUCAACAAGGCCGUCGACAGUAUUGUUGCAUUGGAAAAAGGAACGUCACUGCCCGCCGAGCGAUUGAAUAAGUUCGCUCACCCUAGCCUUCUAAGACACAUUUUGCAAUUAGUUUACAAUGCUGCCGUUCUCGAUCCGGACAAACUCAACCAAUACGAGCCCUUCUCGCCGGAGGUCUAUGGCGAGACGUCAUACGAAUUGGUCCAGCAGAUGCUCAAGCAUGUCACCGUCAGCAAGGAGGACACGUUCAUUGAUCUCGGUUCCGGUGUGGGACAAGUGGUACUCCAAAUGGCCGGAUCCUUUCCGCUGAAGACUUGCAUUGGCAUCGAGAAGGCCGACACACCCGCCCGCUAUGCCGAACGAAUGGAUUUGUUCUUUCGCCAGCACAUGGGCUGGUUCGGCAAACGCUACUGCGAGUACAAGCUGAUCAAGGGCGACUUCCUGGUGGACGAACAUCGCGAGAAGAUCACCUCCUCGACGCUGGUUUUUGUGAAUAAUUUCGCCUUUGGCCCGACGGUCGAUCAUCAGCUGAAGGAGCGUUUUGCCGAUCUGCGCGACGGUGCCAGGGUUGUGUCCUCCAAAUCGUUUUGUCCCUUGAAUUUUCGUAUCACCGAUAGAAACCUCUCGGAUAUCGGCACCAUUAUGCAUGUGAGCGAAAUACCGCCACUGAAGGGCUCUGUUUCGUGGACCUGCAAGCCCGUCUCGUAUUAUUUGCAUGUGAUUGAUCGCACCAUAUUGGAGCGAUACUUUCAGCGGCUGAAAACCAAAGGCGGCAACGAUCAUCACGAGCAUGUUGGUACCGUUCGCACCACACGUGAUCGCGCCAAGCGUGAGGCAAACGUUGGACAGCAGCACAACAAUCAUCAUCAUCAUCAUAACAACAAUCACAACAACAACCACAGCAGCAACAACAACAACAACAACAAUCAUCUGCAGCGCGAAAGAGAGCAAUCGAACGGACCCACCGGAGGAUCGACCAUCAAUCAGCGCCAUCAAUCGCAAUCCCCGGCGAAUGUCAGCGGCGGCGGACUAGGAGGAGCAGCAGGCGGUGGCGCCACAGCAGCUGCCUCCAAGACGCGCCAGCAGUUGCAACAACAGCAGCAGCAGCAGCAACAGCGGAGCCUCGACAUGGAGAGCAGCACGGAGAGCGAUGGCGAGGCAACGAAUGGCAAUGGCGGCAACACCACCACCACCACAACGACCACAUCCGCCUCGAAUGGCGGCGGUGGCGGUGGCAGCAGCGGGCCCAUGACGCGACGCCUGUGGUACGACUUUUCCAGCUCGAAGGGCAAGAGCUCCCAGUCGGACGAUGAGGAGAACAACAACAGCAACAGCAAUGGGGGCAACACCAGCGUCACGGGUGUGCGGCAGGCGCGUGCUGCCACGCAGAAGAAGCGGAAGAAACUCACCCGCAAAGCGGCAAUUGCCAGCAAGUCGGCGGCAGCGGCCCAGAGGGAGGCGGAGGCGGCCGCCGCCGUGGCUUUGGCCAGCAAGGACUCGUCCUCGAAGGAGGAUGCACCGCGUGCCGCCAGCGCCGGCCCUGGACGCAAGGGACGCAUGAAGAAGGGGGCCGGUGGCAGGGGCAGGAAGUCCCUGAAGAUCGUGGGACUGGAUGCGCUGCACAAGCAGACGGUCCUGAGCACCACACAGGACUCCGCGGCCAAGAAGCUGCCAGCGGCACCGGGCACCGUCGACCAGCAGCUGACGUCGCUGCUGACGGAAACGAUGUCCCAUCGCGAGCUGGACAUACCAGCGGCGCCGCAGGACACCCCCUACGGCCUGCAGAUCCUGCUCGAGUGCCUGCGCUCGCAGUACAUGUCCUUCAUGGAUGUGAUGAAGUCGAACGCCUAUCUGCCGCAAAUCCAAAAGAACAUUGCCCAGGAGCAGGAGCGCAUGUCGCGCCUGAAGAACCGAGCCAGCCAGCUGGACAAACAGAUCAAAGUCCUCAUUGACGACAGUGUGGCGCUGCUCAAGGUGCGAAUGAACGAGCUGGGCAUCAAUGUGAACUCACCGAACGACCUGAUUGCCCAGGCCAAGGAGAUUGUGGGCAGGCACAAGGACCUGCAGCACACGGUUAGCAAAAUGAGGAACGAGGUCACCUUCUACGAGGGCGAGCAGAAGAUGCUGCUCAGCAAACAGCUGAAGAACCUGCCGGAAUACCAGAAGCUCUGCGGCAAUGGCCCCAUCAAUGGCAAAGUGAAGCUGGAGCUGCCGUCAGAGCUCUCGGAGACGACAGCCCACGAGCUGGUACUCAAGGAAAUAGCGAACACCCUGAGCCAAAGGAAGAAGCUGUACGCCCAGGUCUCCACCAUCGAACAGGAGACGACAGUGCUGCAGAAGACGGCCGAGGACAGGAGCACGGCGGCCUCACUGCUGGCCCAAGGCACAAACAUUACUUUGGCCAGCAGCAGCAGCACCAGCAGCAGCAGCAGCGCCGGCAGCAGUGGCUCUGCUUCAGCCCCAAAUCCUGCCUUGAAUCCUGCCCCACCCAAAGCCAGCGGCGUCAAGGGUUCCCGACGCAGCCGCGAGCAUCGCGUGCGGUCACAGGAGUGGCCCGAGGUGCCCGAAGUGGGCAAGAUCCAGGAGGAAAAUCCCGAGGUGUUGGCUUUGAAGAUUGUGGAGACAUGCCGGCAGAUCGAGGCAGGCACCUUCCAGGCAAAGACCAGCGCGGCGCCGUACCAAUUGAAUGGCAAAAACAAGGAGCCGCAAAUGCCCACCGGUGCUGCGGCUUCGGUGAGCAUUAAAUCCUCGCCGGGAGCGGCGGGAGGACAUCAUUACAAGGACAGCACUUUGAUGCCAGCACCGAAGCAGCAGCAACAGCAGAUGCAAGUGCAACAGUUGCAGGUGGCACCCUCGCUGCUGCCCAAAUGCGAGCUGCCAGGCAUGGGAAUGGGCCUGAGUUUGGGUUUGAGCCUGGCGGGACUCUCCGCCCGCAAGCAGGAGUCCCCGAAGGUGGCUAACUUUGAGGAUCGCUUGAAGAGCAUCAUUACGACAGCCCUGAAUGAGGACCAGGAGCAGAGGAGCAAGGCCAUACCCCCGGAAAUUCCAUCACAACCCUCGCCAUCGCCCCUGCAGAGUCCCGUGUCGAAGCGAAGCAAACAACAGCAGCAGCAGCUGCCGCCCUCGAGUCUGCACAACAUCAUUACGGUGUCCACCCAGGGAUUGAUGCAUCUGAAUGCGAAUACCACCAUUUCGCCCAUCACACCGCCACUGCCGGGACCCGGAGCGGGGGCCACGGCCUCGACGGCACCGCCACCGCCCGCGAAUCUCCCGUACGGGGCAUAUGGCGGCAAGAGCACGCCCACGGGCAAAUAUCAGGCAGCCAAGGAGCAGCACAGCAAGUACUCCCCCGCCAGGCAGCAGCAGCAUACACCAUCCUCGGGCGCCGCCUCAGUGCCGCCGCCGCCACCGCCACAGGUGCCGGUCUCCUCCCACAUGGCAGCGCUGUACGCGGCCGGACAGCCAACGGCACCCACUCCGGCGGACUUGGGCUACCAGCGACGCCGUGCCUCGGUGAGCGCCAGCAGCUAUGAGCAUUUCCUCGUACAGCAGCAGCAACAGCAACAGCAGCAUGCCCUCAUGAUGGCCGCGGCCGCGCAUGUGGCACAGCGACAGCGAGCGGAGGAGCAUCAUCAGCAGCAGCAGCAGCAACAACAGCAACAGCAGCAACAACAUCGAUUGCAGCAGCAGCAUCUCCAUCAUCAUCACCACCACCAUCCGCUUUCGCAUUCGCAUCCGCAAGAGUUCAAGGCCCCGCCAGCGGAUAAUCUUCUACAACGCUCGAGCAGUCGCGAUCAAUUGGUGGAGCCACCGCCACAGCAGCAGCCGCACAACAUGGAGCUGCUGCCACGAGCAAGUUCCGCCAACUCGGAUUACGGGGCGUACCGCGUACGGCCGCCCAGUCGUCCCAGCUCGAACUCCUCGCAGCCGGACUACACGCAAGUGUCGCCGGCCAAGAUGGCGCUGCGUCGUCAUUUGUCGCAGGAGAAGCUCAAUCAACAUGUGACGCCGCAGCCGACACCGCCGCCGCAGGGCCUGCCGCCACCGCCCACGGGCAAGACCAUUGGGGAUCUGGUGAAUGGGGAGAUUGAACGGACGCUGGAGAUCUCCCAUCAGACGAUCAUCAAUGCGGCCGUCAAUAUGAGCACCAGCGGGACCCAGUUCAUGGAGAGGGCCUUCAACGAGCGGGCCUCCUCCAAUGAGCGGCUGCUCAUCAAUCUGAAUGCCCAGCGGCCGGAGCGAGUGCAUGUGCGGCCGCUGUCGGACGAGUCGCAGGAGGCACAUCCCACGAACUAUGUGUCCAGCGGUGGGGCAGCAGCAGCCCAAGCAGCCGCUGCCGGGCAGGGCAGCAACAACAGCAACCUGGCGACCCUGGCACAUGUGGCAUAUGUCCAGAAGAGCGCGCCACAGAGUGGCGGUCGAACGGCGGCGCCAGCCACACCCACGCCGGCACGUUCUGUCAGAGAUUCGUAUCAAACGGUGGCACUGCCGCGAGCGGAGAUGAAGGGCUGCAUUGAGGCGUACUUCCACGAUGAGCAAAAGACCAAGAACGUCGGAAGUGCAGGGGCAGGAGCAGCAGGAGGAGGCGCGGCAGCUCUGAGAGGACCCCGUCUGAAUGGCGCCAAUCCUCCGUUGGAGGGUCUCGCUGCCUCACUCCAAGAUCAUGUGCGUGCCAGGAAAUACAAAGAGGAGACCGAAGAGCGACAAAGGCGUGCAGCAGCAGCUGCCUCAUCCUCUGCGUCGGCACCGUCUGCAGGCGCAGCAGAUCUGCAGCAGCAUUAUGGACAGGCCCCACCCGCCCAUAGCUAUCUACACCAUCCGAUCCAUCAUGGAGCAGCGAACCUGAACGGCAGCGGCAGUAGCAGCAGCAGCGGCAGUACACCGCACAAAGUGGAGCUUGGGGUGAAGCGAACCUCUCCUUUGGCGCCGCAUCAUCAGCCGUCGCGACCCUCGAAGAUACCCCACUAUGAGCAGCCGCAUGUCCACGCCCAUGCCCAUGCCCAUUUGUAUGCCAAUGGGGGGCAGGUGCUGCAGCCGCCACCGGCACACGAUGCCACGACGCCCUCGCCAACGCCUUCAUCCUCGUCCUCGUCGUGCGGCAGACGCAGCAACACUAACAAUGGGAAAAUGCUUGUGGAGCCACCGCUGCUGAUGAGUCCGGAGAUCAAUUCCCUGAUGGGCGAUGAGCGACCGCUGCAGCUGUCCACGAAUACGCAUCAUGUGAUGCAACAGCAGCAGCACCACCACCAGCAGCAGCAUCAUCAUCACAAUCAUCAGCAGCAGCAGCAUCUGAGAGUCGCUGCACAUUUGGGGCAUUCCCAUGGCCACAGUCAUAGCCACAACAACAGCAGCAGCCACAGCAGCCACGGCCACAGUCAUAGUCACGGCCACAGCCACAGCCACAGCACCACUCCCACAUUGGGGGUAAUGCAACGCAAUGCCAAUGCCAAUGCCAAUAAUGCCGCCGAUGAUGAUGAUGUCAUUGCCGCUGAUGACGAGUCCCAUUGGCAGCAUCGCGUGAGCUCUGGCUUCGAUCGACUGGUGGCCUUUGCCAGCACCGAAUUGGACAAGACACGGCGCAGCAUUGACGGGGACACAGUGCCGGCUUCGAUCAGCUGCAACACAUCGCCGGACUCGGGGAUCACGCACAGCAGCAGCAACUCGGAUGCAGUGCGCACGUUUCUGUCCACGUCGUCCAGCUCCUCGCAGUUGGAGCUACCGAUCGGCAGUGGCGGCAGUGGCAGCAGCAGCCACAGUCUGUACGGCAGCAGCCAGGUGCACAAUCUGAGCAAUCAUUUGCAGCAGCACAACAACAGCGGCGGCAGUGGCAGUGGCAGCAGCAGCAGCAGCAGUGGCGGCAGCAACAGCAGUGCCCACAACAUGGUGCAUCAUCACCAACAGCAGCAGCAGCAGCCCCUGCAGCAGCUGCCAUCCCAGCAGCAGCAGCAGCAUCAUCAUCUGACGGAUCAUCUGAGCGACAGCAGCAUGAAGUCCACGGCUGGCAGCUCCCUGAAGACCGUCUCCCCGGUGGAUCCCAGUGCCAUUGACUCGCCGCCGCUGUCGGAUGUCGGCCUGCCACGGACCCCGAGUCCGAGUGCGGCCAGUGUGGCCACGCCUCCGCUGGCGAACGCCCCCUUGGGGAUCGGCAACGAGCUGGGUAUACCACUGAAGUACCAGCGCAAGUCGAAGAGCGGCUCGGAGAAGCACUACAAGAAGAAGUUCUGCGAGCGGAAUUGGGAGUACGAUUGCGACGAGCUGUUGGCCUACUCCAAUUCCAGUGCGCCGCCCACAGCAGCCGAUGCGGCUGGGAAUGGACCGCCUGCCCUGCUGGACACGGCCAGCGGUGUUGGAGGAGUUGUUGCCUCCAUGAUGGGUGGUAAAUCGGGCAAAUCCCCGAAAGAGAAAUCAUCGCCGCACCACAGUGCCAACCAUAAUGCCGGCUACCAUCACAAAUCAUCCAAGUUCCGGCCGAAGGGCAAGGACUGGGACUGGUCGCUGGACAGCCGCAGUCAGACGGGCGACGGCCUGCUGCCACCCACAUGCCCUCCGAACGGGGCGAACAACAACAAUAAUAAUAACGCCACCACCACCACAACGAGUAAUUAAUUUAGUAAACUAAUUUAGUUCAAUUUUGCUGAAUGGAAAAGGAAAUUAAAUCCAAAAACCGCCCCAUGCGCCACAAAAGUAUGCAAUGCUUCAUGCUUUUUUUUUAGCCAGAUUUUGUUUGAAUGUGCACACACGAUGUGGUGGAUUAUAUUGUAUGUAUUUAAAAAAGAAAACUAAACAGUUUUUUUAUAAUUUUAACUAAAUGAAUUGUGUUUUUUCCACAUAGUUAACUUAUUGUAUAGCCCCCCUCCGCCCACCCAAUCGUCCCUCACAUUUGUUUGAGUUCUGACCUGCACGGCCCCUUCUACUAUAUAUAGUUAUUAUCCUGCCCCGCCCCCAACUACUACUAUUACUACUUCUACAUCUAGUGUGUUUUUAUUUGAGAAUUGCAAACCAUUUUAAAUUAGGCUAGACGCGUUUUUUCAUAUUAGUUUUGUAAGAGAAGAGUUUGAGGAUCAUAAUGAUGUUGAUGAGCCCCGAGAAUGAGAAUGAAUAUGAGAAACCCCACAACACUUUGCUGAUUGAACAAUGUUACUGACUUUCUAUAUUACCGAUUACCAAUUAUUACCAACUAUUAUGUAUUUAAUUAUUUGUCUCUUUUAUUGUUUAAUUACGUUUUUUGUCCCUAAGUUGAAAGUUUUUGCCUUUAUUAUUAAUUUUGAAAUAAAACAAAUUGUCAACUAA